AGCAAUUCCAUCGGUCGCGCUCUCAAGCUCCAGAUAGAACAGAAGUGAGCGAGUCGCAAGGCGGAGGACUCAACAGCGUUCCGCACAAUAACAUACCUGAGCACACUCCGGGCUUUACUAGCAGUUGGGGCGGACUGAAAUUGCGAGCUGACGAGCCUCAACACACCGCCUCCGGUUCGCUUCGCAAAGUGAACGAAAUUUUAUGCUAAAGUUUCCAGGAUUUGUUUAACCUCCCGCGGCCGAGAGCGGAAUGAGCGACUUCACGAUGAUAGACUGUUGCCUGAUUCUCUGCGCGUGUCUUCUGUCCAGCCAAGCGGUCUGGAGUCAGCGUGUUCGAGUGGAACCCGAGGUCACUGCGUCUCCAAAUGGAUCUGUCAAUCUGCGCUGUGAGUUCACCAACAGCGGAAGCACCAAACUCACACAGGUUUCGUGGAUGUUUGAGCGUGUGGAGGGUGAUAGGCACAACAUUGCUGUGUUCCAUCCCCAAUAUGGAGCCAGUUUUCCUAAUAAAGACUUUGAUGGCCGAGUAUCGUUCACUCAGGGCUCCCUGGAGAACCCCUCCAUUAGGAUCGACAAACUGAGGAUGGCCGAUGCUGGCAGGUACAUCUGCGAGUACGCCACUUACCCCAGUGGAAACGAGCAAGGGACUACCACUCUUAUCAUGCUGGCCAAACCCAGAAACUCUGCUAUCGCCAUCCCAGUGCAAGCCGGCUCUUCUGAGGUGGUCGUGGCCAGGUGCGAAGCAGCCCAAGGAAAACCAGAGGCAACAAUCUCCUGGAUCACAACCAUUGCCGGCCACUAUAACCACACCUCAGUGCCCGAGAGGGAUGGGACGGUCACCGUGAAGAGCGAGUAUCUGAUGAUCCCGACACCUGCUGAAAACGGAAAAGAAAUCACCUGCAUGGUGAAUCAGAGGACGCAGAUCGAACCCAAAGCCUUCCCGCUGAAGCUGGUGGUGGAGUAUCCACCCACUGUGACAAUAGAAGGGUAUGACAAUAACUGGUAUAUGGGUCGGACUAAUGCCGUUUUGACCUGCCAAGCUGAUGCCAAUCCAGCACCCACUGAUGUUACCUGGAGAGCUGCGUCGGGUCAGUUGCCGCCUUCGGUUCAAGUGGAUCAGAACCGGCUGCUGGUGAGGAAGGUGGACGAAACGGUGAACACCACUUUCGUGUGCGAGGUGAAGAACAGUCUGGGCUCUGGCAAGAAAGAGCUGGCCGCAACAAUCAUCGAGUCGACUGAAGACCCUUCCAGCGCUGGCGUGGUGGCCGGAGCCAUUCUGGGAAGCUUCUUGGCACUCGUUUUGGUCAGUGCGUUGGUCGCCGUGUUAGUGAUGCGAAGUCGCCGCCAUCAGCAUGGAUAUUCGGGCGACAGCGAGCAGGGCGCUUAUGGCAACAAAACCCGUCUUUUUGGAGGCAAGAAGGCUAGCAAGAAUGGCGCUGGAGCCAACAACAACGGGCCGAUCUACAUGUACCGCGAAAGCGACCCGGGCACCCUGACGGAGAAAUGCAAUGAGUUCCCGCGCAUGACCGGAAGCACACCAACCGCCCAUGACAUCCUGCUGAGCGGCGAGAUGAAUGAGGCCGAGCGCAGGAAGUUUGACGCUCUGAACGACAGCCUGGAGGAUGAAGAAGAGGACGAAAGGUAUGAUCGUUUCAGCGGACUGCCGCCCAGCUACCAAGUCCACCGGCACGAAGACGAGUGCGCACCUUACCUGGACGACGACAUGGAGUCCCAGCGAGACGGGUCCAUCAUCUCCCGGACAGCCAUUUAUGUCUAGAGGAAGCAGAUAAUACACCUGACUGAUAUUUACUUGACCUUUUAAAACAAAAACACAGAAACUUGCCAUCUGAGGAGUGGAAGCAUAACGGUUAAAGUCGUUUACAUCUGUAGACAAAAGCACUCAUUAUCAAACUGAAAACACUAAUUAAUGCUACUCCUCUCACGAUGUGUACUUUUAACGCAUAAUACUGACUAAAAAUAAGAGUUAUUUGGUUGUUGUGUAACUGUAACUUCUUGUUAACGCCCAUUCUAGCCAGAAUCCAUCUUUUGUGGUUGAUUCACUCCCAUGAGCACAAUACUCAAGUUGGCUCUUUGAAGUGAAAAGAAAGCCUUGUGAUUAACCAUACAGGAUUGUCAAUGCUACGUCGCACGAGUGGCUCAGCAAGCUGUGACCUAGAAGCUAAGGCCGCUCUCUCCAGGUUGCAAACGGCAGGCUUCGUUUAUCAAAUCCCGCGAAUGUCGUCUUCGAGAACAGCUGGAUGUUUUGUUAGCGAAACAGAAAAUAGGCAACGCAAUGCUCGCUCCAGCAUCUGGGUCAUUCAUCUGUGGCACCGAUCAACUCCAGCUGUGAACGCUUUUAACUUUCCCCCACUAUUUUUUAGCUCUCGUUUAUUAAUCGGAUGUCUUGUUACGCUAAAGGAAUUUUCUGAAUGACUCGAGGGGUUCUAGGCAGAGGCGUAAUAGUGUUUUUGUUUUUUACUCUCCUGUCAACCUCUGCAGAACGGCUUGUUCCGGGCCAUGUUUAAUUCAGAAGAGUGUUGUGCAUUAGCCGCGUGUGUUUUUGGCUGAUGCAUGUUUUUCCCAACCCCUGAUUAAUCCAGUUAUAUGAAAACCAUAGAACGCAACAUCUAAAAACUGCAGACAGGAGCACGACUAGCUUCAGCACAAAUCCUUCCAGGAGGAAAUAGGCUUGGAGUCUAUACUGCAACUUCACUAAAACAGAUUAAGUAGAUUAAUGCACAUCGUAGAUUGGCGGCAAAGGCUGGGCCUUGAGAGAAACGCAACUGAUGUGCCUUUGAGUGUGGGAUUAUGUGGACGGCGGAGCGCUUGACGGACCUCAGCGGGGAGCGUUAAGCCAGGCGGCAUAUGCUGCCCGGUUCAAUGGGGUCCACGGUGUUGAAACGCUGCCAGCUGUGAAAAAAGGUCAAGGGGCGAAGCGCUCUCACCGUAUGUUUGGCAGCGAGAUUAGGCCACUCGCUUUACCGAGUCCCUCUAGAGCCGGUCAGCGGUUUGUUUUGAAGCCUUGCGCAUAAGCCGACCUUUUUUU